AUGCAAGUCUCGAAGAAAAACAGAACAUCUCCUCCACCUAAAACUAACUCCGUCUCAUCUAAUUCCGCCUGCUCUGAAGACAGCUGGAGCAAUAGUGAAACUCAGCCCUCGCGUUCCCCCUCACCAAGACUUUCCAUGAACAACAUACCUGCACCAACCCUACCAUCAUCAUCUGCUACUUCCACUUUCCCGACCCCGUCGCUGACAUCAACCAACGCCCUCCAAAAGUUCCGCCUAUUUUCCUUCCAGGCUCCGCCUGUCGCAAUGUGGCUCCUAAACUUAUGUCCGCGGUUCCAGCCGACGGCAUUCUAG